AGACGGAGAACAGGUUAUGUGGGAGCCGGCGGGGGCAUUUGCCGGCGACACCCGAGCGGGGGCCGGAAGUGGGGCCACAGCUCGCAGCAGGAGCUCCGGGCUAGACCGUGGCGACGGCAGCGGUCCCUGGGCUGGAGGAGGAUGAUGAGGAGCGACGGAAGCGACGCGGGGGUACGCUGCUGCGCGGCGCCCGGUUUCGUGCCCGCGGCCGACUGCGCAGUCUGUCCGCGAGUCUGACUGUGCAGCUGGCAUGGUUUCUUAACUUCCCAAUGCUUAACAGAAGAGGAGAGAGAUUGAUGAUACUUACAGAGAGCUACAAUGGAAAAGUCCUGGAUGCUGUGGAACUUUGUUGAAAGAUGGCUAAUAGCCUUGGCUUCAUGGUCUUGGGCUCUCUGCCGUAUUUCUCUUUUACCUUUAAUAGUGACUUUUCAUCUGUAUGGAGGCAUUAUCUUACUUUUGUUAAUAUUCAUAUCAAUAGCAGGUAUUCUGUAUAAAUUCCAGGAUGUAUUGCUUUAUUUUCCAGAACAGCCAUCCUCUUCACGUCUUUAUGUUCCCAUGCCCACUGGCAUUCCACAUGAAAACAUUUUCAUCAGAACCAAAGAUGGAAUACGUCUGAAUCUUAUUUUGAUACGGUACACUGGAGACAAUUCACCCUAUUCCCCAACUAUAAUUUAUUUUCAUGGGAAUGCAGGCAACAUAGGUCACAGGUUGCCAAAUGCAUUACUUAUGUUGGUUAACCUCAAAGUUAACCUUUUGCUGGUUGAUUAUCGAGGAUAUGGAAAAAGUGAAGGAGAAGCAAGUGAAGAAGGACUCUACUUAGAUUCUGAAGCUGUGUUAGACUACGUGAUGACUAGACCUGACCUUGAUAAAACAAAAAUUUUUCUUUUUGGCCGUUCCUUGGGUGGAGCAGUGGCUAUUCAUUUGGCUUCUGAAAAUUCACAUAGGAUUUCAGCCAUUAUGGUGGAGAACACAUUUUUAAGCAUACCACAUAUGGCCAGCACUUUAUUUUCAUUCUUUCCGAUGCGUUACCUUCCUUUAUGGUGCUACAAAAAUAAAUUUUUGUCCUACAGAAAAAUCUCUCAGUGCAGAAUGCCUUCUCUUUUCAUCUCUGGACUCUCAGAUCAAUUAAUUCCACCAGUAAUGAUGAAACAACUUUAUGAACUCUCCCCAUCUCGGACUAAGAGAUUAGCCAUUUUUCCAGAUGGGACUCACAAUGACACAUGGCAGUGCCAAGGCUAUUUCACUGCACUUGAACAGUUCAUCAAAGAAGUCGUAAAGAGCCAUUCUCCUGAAGAAAUGGCAAAAACUUCAUCUAAUGUAACAAUUAUAUAAUGUUUCCCUUUUUGAUUAUUGCAUUGUAUUUUAAUUUGUGCAGAAUGAUAAAGAAUGUUCCUUUUAGAAGUGUGUUAUGUCUGUACCUGUCUGAAGAGUGACAUUAAACUUUGAAAGGACUUCACUGCUCCUUUAUGAUAUUCCAAAUAGCUUUUUACAUUGGAAAAACUGUAAUUCUUGGGAUUCUUUCAUACAUUUUCAUCAAAACUUUCAGUGUGAUUAUGUAUUCAUAUCUUCAGUUUAUGUCAGUAUAAUAGAUAUUGUUCAAAAGUUUCUUGUUGCUAAAGUGGUGUAAUCUGUUACACAGAUGAAUAGCUAGAUGUGGAAAGAGAUAUGUAAACAAGAAACCUUUGGGUAUUGUUUCUUAAGUAAAUAUUGGGACAAUCAUGGUAAGCAAACUUAGUUCUGUAACUGCAUUUUUCACCUUAAAAGUUAAAUGAAAUGCAUGAUGGUAUUUUAUUCCUUGAAUUAUGCAAUGCAGCAUUUUACAUGUAAAUAGCACUGGUCAUAUACUGAUGUAUAUGGUUAUCUGGGUUAUAUCUAUUUUUAUGUAAACUCUAUUUUGUUUUUGGCAAGAAGUGAAAUUGAGACUUAUGUGCAGGUUGCCAUUGAAUUUUGCUCUGGUGAAUGCUGAGAUCCAGCUUUUUCUUACAAAUAAAUGGGACCCUGUUUUCCAAUACAAAUGUACCGUGUUUUUGUUAGGUACAGUCUGGAUCAUGGCAUGUAGAAAUAGAAAUUUAGAAUUUUACUGCAGCUUUGAUGUGCAUAUUUGAACUUUUUAACAUUUGUAACUUUGGUGGCAAAGAGAAUUUUAGUUUCUAUCGAUUUUGUAAGUCUUCAGCUGAACCACUAAUAGCAGUCAUAGUGAAGAUUAGCACUACUUAGAAUUAAAUUAGGAAGUCUUUUAUCAUUGCAGGAUUGUACAUACUACUUUAUAAAAAUUCUCACCUUUGAUUUUAAAUCCCAGUACCUAGUUAUAUCUAACCUAUCAAAGGCAAGAUAUCAUUUAUUGGACUUCUUGAAAAUAAAAGUUAACAAAAUCCAACAACAACAACAACAAAACAAUGUUCUUGGUUUUAAUGUUCCAGUUGCUGUGAAAUAGAACUCCUACAAUCAAAAGACAGUUUUAGGAAGUCUUAUUUAUUGAUUUUAAAAGUUUUACAUGUAGGAGUGUGGGAAUGAAGGAAUUCUGGAGCUUUUUGACACAAAACCUAUUACCACAUUUAGCAGUUAAAUGGCUAUAGGUGGGAAGUAGGAUUUAGAUGUAUAGAAAAGUAAGAAAAUCUUACUUAGAAAAAAGCCCUUGAGACUUGCAGGAUUUACUUAAUAAAAAUACACGCUAUGAGUCAUAAUUGUGCCAAGUUGUUUCAUGCAGUCCUCAAAAAUUAGAUGUAAUUGAGCUUUGUGUAAUAUUAUGUCAGCUUUAACAUAUAAUAUUUUGAAUAUUUUAGCUAUAUUUAGUGGCUUUCUGCAAGCAACUAGAACAGAGAAGUAAUGGGUCAAUAAUCUUGACCUCAAUUUAAAACUUUCAAUGGAGAUAGGGCUAGAAAUACUUUUGCCAAAUAGCAUUCUUACUCACUUUAUGCCGGUAUUUAGAAAAAAUAAAUUAUAGCAAGUAUGAUUUCUAAGAAUAAUGUUUUUCUAUAAAUUACUAAUUGUAAAAAGUCUUGCUUUUUAAAACAAGUUGGUAAUGCAUAUCAUGGAAGGCAUAUUUUGUAUGUAUAAAUUCACCACAAUUAAAGAUUAUUCUUGUCAGUCCUUGCUAUGUAGAAUGACUAUUCUAAAUAUUAAUGUAUUAAAAAAAAUACAACAAAAUGUAUAUUUAGACACGA